CUGUCAGCCAGCGACAUGAGCAAGCAUCUUGAUCUGUUCAAACUGCUAAAGUUAUCCAGAACUGGAACGGAUCGUGGCGUUGCUGGUGACUUAUUAAUACUUCACCCACAUGGUCUUCAUCACCCAUCACAUAUCUCUGACAUGAGUGUCUUAGAGCCUAAAGGAAGCAAUAGUGACACCAUAGAUUGGGUGCGGGACUUCAGGGAGCAUUUGGACAAAUCUCAACCCAAUGGUCUCUCUGAAGCCGUGGUGGCCAUAAAGACCCUCUUACAGCUCAUCAAAAACAGCGAAGCUGGUACGAUAGCGGGCCUCCAAGAUGAAAUCAAGGAGGGCACCAAGGUCCUGACAGAGGGCAUCUCCUCCAUUGUCUCUGUGUCCUCAGGCUGUGAGCUUUUCGUACGCUUUAUCACUCUCUCCUCUCUUUUAGGCGAGGAAAAGGAUUUCCAAGAGAUCAAAAGACUGCUGGUGGAGAGAGGUAACUUAUACAUACAGAGGGUAGCUAAUUCAAGACAGAAGAUAGCACAAGUGGCCAACCCGUUCAUCAGGGAUGGAACUACUGUUCUGGUGCACUCGUUGUCUCGAGUGGUUUUUCGAUUGCUGUUCGAAGCCUCGGCCAGUGGGAAGAGGCUCAAAAUAUUCAUCACCACCUGUGCCGUGGACGAAACAGGCGGUAUCAUGCAGAGAUGGCUGGAAGAAGCAAAGAUACCCUCAAAACUGGUCCUGGACUCUGCUGUGGGGUUUUUAAUGGAGAAAGUAGACGUGGUAGUCGUGGGGGCAGAGGGUGUGGCUGAGAGUGGAGGAAUCAUCAACAAGAUCGGGACGUAUCAGAUUGCUGUAAUGGCCAAAACGCUUAACAAGCCAUUCUACGUUGUGACAGAGAGUUUCAAGUUUGUUCGGGUGUUUCCACUCAAGCAAGAUGACCUCCCCAACGAAGAGAAAUACUGCUGCGUGGACUCGAGCACAGACUCCCACCCUACCAUUGACUACACCCCUCCCCACUACAUCUCCCUGCUCUUCACUGACCUAGGAGUCCUCACACCAUCAGCCGUCAGUGAUGAACUAUUAAAACUGUACAAAUAGCCAUUUAUUUUUCCAAUUGUGUAUAAUUAUGCUAUCAGUUUUUAUGGCAAAAUUGUUUGAAAGGUGUUCAUAAUUAUCAUGUCCUGUAAGAA